GUUUUUCACGUGGUAAAACUGAAAUGUAAAAGUGCUAACGUGUCCUAGCUGAGAAAAUGGUCAGAGUCCCGUGUGGAAGCCUGGAAUAGUGAUUGUACUUGAUACGUUCCUGGGGCAGAUUUCGGGAGUCCAGCUGGAAGGCUACUUGGAUUAUGGCUGACAAUCCGGGCCACUCCAUACCAAAAACAGAGAUGGCGCACGAGGGCGCCGGCGCGGCGGAGAGCUCCCCGCAGCCGACGCCGUCGCCGCCGCACGCGCCGCGGCUGCCCGCCGCCGAGGCCAGCUUUCAUUCUCAAAUCAUGCAGAAUCAGAGCCCAAGAAAGAACCAUAUAGCGGAGAGAGCGAAACAAACGUUAGAAAAUAGUUUCCUGUUACAACUGAAGAAGCAGCAGCAGCUGCAGCAGGAGAUCCUGCUGCAGCACUUCCAGCAGCAGCGCGCGCAGCUCGCCGAGCAGCACGAGCAACAACUGCGGCACCAUCUCAAGCUGUGGGAGCAGCAGAAGCAGAUGGAGGAGGCGGCGCUGCGGGAGGCGAGGGAAGCGAGGGAGGCGAGAGAGGCGAGGGAGGCGAGGGAGAGGCACGAGAGGGACAGGGUGGAGCUGCUGAGGAAGAGGGACAAGCAUGAGCACAGCGCUAAUGCGUCGUCGCAAGUCAAGCAGAAGCUUCAGGAGUUCUUAAAGAAGAAGCAAGCCGCGGCGAAUGCCAACGGCACCGUUCCUGGAUCUCCUUACAGAAAUUGGGGUAUUGUGAAAUCGUCAUCGGGCGAGUCCAUCACGUCGGCGAGCGCGGCGGCCACGCACCCGUACAGGCUGGCGGCGCCGGCGCUGCCGCUGGCUCUGAACGCCGCCCCGCAGCCCUCGCCCAACGACUUCCCGCUAAGGAAGACUGCGUCCGAGCCCAACAUGCUGAAAGUGCGGCUGAAGGCGCGCGUCAUCGAGCGUCGGGCGUCCCCGCUAGCGCGGCGUCCGCUCAAGACGCGGCCCAAGCAUCGCAAUUGCGACGGCAGUUCGCCGCGUGGCUCACCUACCGGCGCGUGCACGGCCGCGCCAAUCCGCGAAGAGGAGGAACCGAGCACUCGACCAGAGCUACUGUUCUCUUCACCUUCCAUGCCGAAUAUCUCUCUCGGCAGGCCCGCGCCCGCUCCUGUCCCGCAGGUGAUGGUGUCAGUGUCCCUGCCGCCCGUGUGCGAGGCGGAGCCGUACGUGGCGCCGCCGGUGUCGGCGGUGUCGGCGGUGUCGGCGGCGGCGCACACGCGGCCGCCGGCGCGCCCGCUCGGCCGCACGCACAGCGCGCCGCUGCCGCUGGGCGACCCCGCGCUGCAGCACUCGCACACCUACCUGCGCGACCAGAUACGGAAGACGGUGCUGACGCGCGCGCACGACGCGGCGGCGGCGGCGGCGCUGCGCGAGGAGGAGGGCGAGGUCAUCGACCUGACGGCGCGGCGCGCGGCCGCGGCGGCGCCGCUGGCGCGCGCGCUCAGCUCGCCGCUCGUCGGCGCGCGCCCGCCCGCCACCGGCCUCGCCUACGACGCGCUCAUGCUGAAGCACGGAUGUGCGUGUGGUGCGCACGCGCCUCAACACCCCGAGCACGGCGGGCGCCUGCAGUCGGUGUGGGCGCGCCUGUGCGAGACCGGGCUGCUGGCGCGCACGGAGCGCACGAGGCCGCGCAAGGCGACCCUCGAGGAGCUCCAAUCCGUGCACGCGGAGUCCCACGUGGCGCAGUUCGGCGGGCGGCGCGCCGGGGCCGCGGGGCCGCGCCAGCUCGUGCGCCUGGCCUGCGGCGGCCUCGGCGUGGACUCCGACACCGCCUGGUCCGACAUGCACACGGCCCCUGCGGCGCGCAUGGCCGCCGGCGCCGUGCUCGACCUGGCCACCCGGACGGCGAGGGGCGAGCUCCGCAACGGAUUUGCGGUGGUGAGGCCACCGGGUCACCACGCAGAGCCCAACCAGGCGAUGGGCUUCUGUUUCUUCAACUCUGUAGCUGUGGCCGCGCGUCUACUGCACCAGCGGUUGCGACUGCAGAGGAUACUCAUCGUCGACUGGGACGUCCACCACGGCAACGGCACGCAGCAGAUCUUCUACGAGGACCCGCACGUGCUGUACAUCAGCAUCCACCGGCACGACGACGGGAACUUCUUCCCGGGCACCGGCGCCGCCUCCGAGUGCGGCGCGGGCGCCGGGCUCGGCUUCAACGUCAACAUCGCCUGGGCCUCCGGCCUCAGCCCGCCGCUCGGCGACGCCGAGUACUUGGCGGCCUUCCGGUCCAUCGUCAUGCCCAUUGCCAAGGAGUACGACCCCGAGCUGGUGCUGGUGUCGUGCGGGUUCGACGCUGCGGCCGGGCACCCCGCGCCGCUCGGUGGCUACACCGUCAGCGCCGCCUGCUUCGCCAACAUGACGCAGGACCUCAUGCAGCUCGCCAACGGCAAGGUGGUGCUGUCCCUGGAGGGCGGCUACGACCUGCCCGCCAUGUGCGACUGUGCGCAGGAGUGCGUGCGCGCGCUGCUGGGCGACCGCGUGGCGCCGCCCGCCGCACUAGAGCUGGCACGCGUGCCCGCACAGCCCGCGCAGGACACGCUGCGGCACACGCUCGCCAUACAGGCGCCGCACUGGCCCUCGAUAAAACGGUACAGCAGUCUGAUCGGCAUCUCAGCGCUAGAAGCCGCGCCUGCGGUCGCCGCGGCUCGGUUAGGCCGCCUGCAGACGGAGCGCGACGCCGCCGACACCGCCGCCGCCAUGGCCACGCUGUCCAUGCACCACCCGCACGCCGACGCCAAACCCAGUUCGCCAGACUCAUCACGGUCGGUGUCGGAAGAGCCGAUGGAGCAGGACGAGGGCAAGUGAGCCCUGGUGCGUGAACAUGUAUGUACAGUUACUGCUAACAUUCCGCCGCCGGCCCUCGUGACCCUAGCGACCCUAGGGCCAGGGCCAGUCCGCGGCUCCUCGAAUCUGCGCUACAGUCAGGAGAGUACUGAUAAACCUAUUUAUUUAGACCCAGAACUAGUGACCAUAUUUUGCGCUCGAUAAGUAAAGAAUUUAUGUAUAUUUAUGGAAGUUGUACAUAUAUAUUAUUGAAAGUAUAUAGACGUUAGACGUGCGUGCGCGCCGAGCGCGAGAUGUUUAUGUGACGUUGUGAACUUUACGAACGAAAUGUGUCCUGCCAAAUGUCCAUCUCGAGGCGAGAUGUUUGUAGUUACGUUAAAUAAUUGUCUAUUUGAUGUAUAAUUCAUAAUGAAUUAGCUAAGCUAUAGAUACGUGUGUAGGUGUUAAAAUUAAGACAAAUCUUAAUUUGAAAGCUUUAAAAUGUAGUAAAAUGAUAAUUUGUACAAAAAAUAUCAAUAUUUGGAAGAAAUGUUUUAUAUGAAUAAUCUACGAAGUAGGUAAUGUAAUUAUAUAGUAGGCGGCGUUUAGAGAAUUGCCUAAAUGAAUGUUAUAUAUUUUCCCUCGUGGGCGUGCUGAAAAAUUUAUAUAUUUAUAUGAAAAAGAUACUCAAGUUUCUUGUUGCGGAAAUGUAGAUUUCCUUUCAUUGUGCCCCUGGGGCUUGCCACUCUUCACUUGUCUACUAUACCAAAGAUAGUAAACUUUCCAUUUCUAAUAAAUUAUUCGUCUACCUACGGGUAGCCGGUUUUAUUCACGUUUACUGUGAAUUUCUGUCUCUGUGAUGAGUUGAAGUUGUACAAAUCGUUUGUUGUUUGUCAAAGUGUUUUAAAUUGUACGAUUUGUAUCAAAGUCUAUGAUUUGUAGAGUCCUGUUAUACCGAAUAGUAUCGACACUGACACUAGGCAUGAAUUUAAAUCAGGACUUACUAUACUAACUUGCACAAAAGGACGUUUUUUGGAGGAUCCUUUGUGCAGGAAGCUGUUCAAAGAUAAUGUGCAAUACCUAUUUGUAGUUUGGCGCUGAAUUUCAUAGUCAUAAUACAAUUGUCAAAUUUGAAACUACAGACGGGCAGAUAAUUUUCCAAUGGCGGUACAUAUUUUCUUGUACUAGUUUUCUAGAGGGUACGUCAUAUGUUCUAUAGAUCUUUUUUUUAAUGAGUUUACGUACGGACAAAACAUACCAGUUCUAUAGAACAAAUGAAACACCCAAGAAGUCUGCUGUUUGGCUCCAUCCACUUAGACCCAGAUAUUUAGGAACCAUAGAUUGUAUUUUCGUAAUGAGAGUUGUGGAAAUUUUGGACAGACUUGUGAGUAAAACGGACGUGUAUAUAUAUUUGUAUACAUGUGGAUCCGAUUUUGGAUCCAAGUGUAUGGAGCCACUGCCUUUUGGCGAGUGAAGUAGGCGCGCUGUGUUCGGCCGUCGCGUCGGCCGUAGGAUCCAAUCCUGUACGUUAAAUAAUACAAUGUUGUGUCUUUGAGAAUUUUAUUGUUAAAUUGGAAUACAGAUGAAAUAAUUAUUUAAUAAAUGUAUAUAUACAUAUAUAUAUUUGGAAAUAUAUG